GCGCUACUUAACUUACCCGCAGGUUCUUUUCCUCUCCCACCGCACCUUAGUGCCGUCCUAUUCGUCCGGGCAGAGCUCUCUCGGUCUCCAGCGCUACUCUCCACCAUUGGCCAAUGAAGCGACAGUUGUCGCGGUUGUUACGUCUACGUCGUAGUUCCCUUCCUGCACCCGAAGCAGCGUUCCAUGGCCAGCCUGAUUCACGGCGUGGUCCCAAUAACGCGAACAUGCCCCAGUGCCUCCUCCUGCCCGAACUUCUUGAUGUCAUCUUCGACUUUGUUAGCGACAGGAGUACUUUAGUCUCUCUGGCCCGCGUAUGCUCUCACUUUCAUGCAGUCGCUGCGGACAAGAUUCCUCGGCAUCUGGCCCACGUAUACGAGCUUCUGAUGUGCUUGCCGCAUAACUUAUGGGAGCUGAAGUUGCGAGAGCAAUAUAAUGAGUUAGGCUACAUGGCGUCGAUGGGGACGCACUCAAAACCCUGGGUUCUGUCGUUCGUUCGCGAGAUGACCUCAAACGACUGGCGUAUCUUCAUAUCCAAGGCCAGCAAAGUCAAAACCAUUGGAAUCGGAGAUUGCAUCAAAGAGGAAGAUGAUCACUGGAUGAGGCUCUUUCUCGGGUACGAGUACUAUCCCGAGUUGCAUUAUCCUUGGUAUCGUGGGAGACCAGUCACCAUUGGCUCCUCAAUCAAAAAGGCCUUCGUAUCUGCAAAGUGUAUUCCUAUCCUUUUCCCCAAUCUUCGGGCUCUUCGGGGACCGAUGCCACGGUACAUGCUUCCGAAGGCUCCUCCGACUCAUCUCGACGACGUCGAUGCCAUUUCUCUAGAGGAUGCGCUAGAUUAUGAUCAGAAGCGGCCUUCGCUUCCAAGCGGCUGUCCAAAUCUUCGGGCAUUUACUUUCACUCCUGAUCCCCCUUUCCUUCAUCAACGCCCCCUGGACUACCAUCGCUUGUUCCCACUAUACAUCUCGAAAUGGGACCACCUCCGGUCGUACACUGGCCCGGUCGAUGUCCAGAUGCUACUGCAUCUUGGUCAUUUCACCGAUCUUGACGACCUCAACCUAUUGCUCAACUCGCAUAUUUGCCUGGACGAGUUUCGUUCAUUGCCGCUGCCAUCGAGCAGGCCGCUUCUAAGACUCAGCUCGCUGAAGUUCCGCACGUCCUGUUGCAGCGAGGUUGCCAAUGCUCUGCGCAUCCUAUUCCGCUCUUUUGAGGACAUCCCAUCGAGCCACCAGCCCCCAACCUUGCGACACUUUGCUAUGCUGGGCCAGUUUGACACCACCUCCUUUUCCAAGAUGGGUCUCCUGCUAGCAAAUACGGUCUCUGUUGACUCUCUCGAGACGUUUUGCAUCAGCGACAUGCGGGAGGGAUACGUUUAUUCGCUCAGAAUGGUGACGGCAAGCAGGAAGUCCGUUUACGAGACGCUUCGCCCGUUGUGCGUUUUCCCGAACCUCACAGGCAUCCAGUUCCCCUUGACCACCGGACAUCAAGUUAAGAACGGCCGCUUGACCGCAGCGCAGCUCAUCGAGCUGGCCUCUGCGUGGCCGGAGCUUCGCGAGUUUCGCAUCGCCAAACCUGGCGUCGAGUUCACGCUGCUCGAGGCCGCUGCUCUCAGGAGACGCUGCCCUCGGCUGCAGACCAUCCCAUAUUCGUCCAUCAGGACGGAUAAACACGAUGUCGCAGCGCUCGCCGCCGAUCCUGGAUUAUUGGAACGCGUACUCGGUUCUGAUGUACGCAUUACCUCUGUUGAAGGAGCUCCUUAGGUUGCUCGUACCAAUUAUUCUUUUUGAUAAUACGAUCAUUAUACCACGUAGACAUAAGCAUUCGAGCUUCACAGAAAGGUUUUUCUUUGCAGUGAGCGCUGCCAGACACCAAUGUCCCAGAAACUCUUACUGUAUUGACCCGCAGUCUGCCCUCGUAUCAGCGAUGGAAUCCAUUCUAUCUCAGAAACAGAAUCUAGACCC